CCGCGCCAGACUGACUCGCCGCAACAACUCCCUGCUUCUUCACACGGCCCUCUUCACCACCCUCCUAGUAGUCCAGGGUCACGUCUCAGUGAGUUUGUCAGUGGCUGACCAGUUAUAAUUAGCCUGGCCUUCACGAGCUCCGGCGGGUUCUCCCUUAUAUACCAGCAGCAACAGCAACCCCUCCAUCGCGGGGUAACCGGCCGCAAUGCCCUUCACUCAUCACAGCCACUCCGGGCAAUUCUGCCCCGGCCACGCCAAAGACAACUUGGAAGAAAUCAUCCAGCUCGCCAUACACAAGAAAUUCCACACCUUCUGCCUAACAGAGCACAUGCCCCGCCAUGAAGAAGAUUUCUACCCAGAAGAGAUCGAAGCCGGCGACACCGAAUCCAGCCACGUAGCCAACGAGGCCGCCUACUUCGCCGAAGCCACGCGCCUCCGAACCAAAUACGCCGAUCAAAUCAACAUCCUCAUCGGAUUCGAGAUCGACUGGAUCCGGCCGGCCUCGCGACAGCUAAUCGAGGAGUCUCUGUCGCGGCACCCGUUCGAGUUCUUCAUGGGUUCCGUGCACCAUACAUUGACCGUCCCCAUAGACUAUGACCGGCCGCUGUAUGAGAAGGCGCGCGCACUAGCCGGUGGAACGGACGAGUUGCUCUUCGAGGCGUACUUUGAUGAGCAGCUGGAUAUGCUGAAGCAGGUGAAGCCGGUGGUGGUGGGGCAUUUUGAUCUGAUUCGGCUGAAGAGCGAUGACCCCGAUCGGAGUUUUCAGGACUAUCCGAGGGUGUGGGAGAAGAUUCUACGAAAUUUGGACUACGUGGCGGGAUAUGGGGGUCUGUUGGAGGUUAAUUCGGCGGCGUUGAGGAAGGGCAUGAAGGAGCCGUAUCCGAAUGGGGAGAUUUGUAAGGAAUUCCUGGCUCGCGGAGGUCGGUUCUGUCUGUCGGAUGAUAGUCAUGGAUUGGAGCAGGUUGGGCUGAAUUUCCAUCGCGUGGUGCCGUUCUUGGAGCAGGUGGGUGUGUCGAGGCUGCAUUAUUUGGCACUGGGGGAGGGUGAUGCGCCCGUUGAUGCACGGUUUCCUCGGACGCAGAUCAAGGAGGUGACAUUGGAGGAGGUGAAGAAUAUGUCGUUUUGGAAGUAUAAUGGAGCCAGAGCCACGAAGCCAUGAAUGAUUUGAGGGGAGUUGAGUUGACAGGAUGCAUCACAUGCAGGGUGAAAUGGGGUUGCAUGCAUUGACAGUUGGUUUAGUUUUUUGUUUUUGCUUUUCCCUAUCUCAGAUAUCACACGGGAAAAAGAACGUGGAAUGACUGAUGUUGACGGUGGUUUAGUACGUAGUAGUUGUAGUAGUUCUGCUGGCACUGGGGUCGAUGGGCGGCCAGCCAGCUGCUAAAGUACACCAAGCAGAACUGGACAAUCAAUUAUGUCGCAGUGAAAAUAGAUAAAUAAUACAGGCGGCACAGGCGGCAGCCAGUGUCAUCUAAAUUUUGGAACAGCAUUUUUAGCUGCAGGCGGGCAUGAGGCCACAGCGAGAGGCAAUUAAUAAGUUUCAACAAGUUAAAGUGAAUGAAG